GAACCUUCGUGCGACGGUAGGUAGGUCACGAUACUGUGUACUCUCUCGGCGGUAUAUCGCGCAGCCACUGAGGAGAGGCGACCCAUUGCUUUCCCUGUAAAAGUGAAGAGCUAAAUCAGGUUGGCUCUUUCUCUCCGCUCUGUAUGGUCGGGUCCCGGCCAAUGUCACAUCAGUAUGUGCGCACCAAGUUCGCUUUUACCUCCUCGCCAAAGCGUGGAGUGGGCAGCUGGGGGUAUAAAACAGAAAACGGCGCUUUUGCGAGCCAAUAUGUGUGUGGUUUCAUUUCGGUCAGCGACUGACGUCCACUGCUUCUUGCCCCCGGCCGACAUUGUCGAGACGCGGCGACAGUCAUCAUGCUGCUGAAUGCAGUGGUACUUUGUUGCAUCGUCGUCGUGAGCGCAGAGUCACCCCUCAACGGCUACUCUCUCAGCGGCGACAACAAUGGCUACGACUACAGUACCGUCGAUUAUAGCAACGCCGCCGCUAAUAAUGGAUACUUCGGCUCCAAAGAUAGCUACUUGAACGCUGCGAGCUUUUACCAUGACAGAGACACCGGCCACAAAUUAUCCAAUCAUAUCGGCGGCCACUCGCCGAUCAACGGCGACAGUCAGGCUAAUACGGGGAGUGACUUGGGCAGUAGUUACAGCAAGUACUCCGCGAGCGACCACGGAGCCGAUUACUCGGGCUACUCCAAGACUUACGACAGCACCGACGGUGACUCUUACUCUUUAUCGAAUCACGCGGCGCCCACCGCGUUCAGAGGACACUCCGGCUCCCACAACAACGCAGAGCCGAGCUUCAACGCGUACUCUGGCGGCUCCGUCCACAAGGAGCCCGAUUUCGGCCAGUACGCCGCCGCUAGCGGCAGCAGCAGCCAAAGACUACCCUCGUAUCCUGGAUACAGGCCGAUCGUGCUGGACAAUUAUCCCGACGGCACCGCCGAGAGCGACGUACGCGCGCAAGGAUACCACGGCUCCUCCGGCGCUCCGAGCUACUCCGAGAGUGAUCACGUCUACCCUCCUUAUUCGCCAGCCGGUCCGGCUAGCGAGUACCCGUUUGGAAAGCAGAAGGACAGCCUGUACGGCAGCUUGAAAGGCGGCAACAAGUACAACGAUAUCCACUCGGUGCCGGGCGAAACGCGCUACACGCGUGGAAAUGCGGGACACUCGAGCCAUAAUCACGGUGUCUCAUCGCCGUACCUGUCCGGUUCCGGGCCGAGCGGCCACUUAUCCAAGACGCACGGCUCCGGUGUCUACUACUCCGCGGGGAAGCCGUAUAAGUACGGCUACAAGUACUCGUCUCGCUACGCUCCGAAUAGCGGCGUGUCUUACCUGUCGCGGGAGCGCGAUAGUCAUUACGCUCCGUACGGCAAGGGUAGCGGGAAAGUCAUUGUAAUUAAGGACAGCAGGCCGAGUUACGCGAGCGUUUACGCCGACGAGCCGCUCUACAUGGGCGGUUACAGGAGCAAGAGCGGUACUUUCAUAAACGCGGCUGGCUACUCGGCGAACUUCGACGGCUACGGCGCGGGCGGCGGCAGUUACGACGACGGUCCCGUUGUCCCCAGGCGAUACAGGCCUCUGCUCAUGCAAAAGACUAUUUAUCCUUGACACACACACACACACACACCCUUGACCUUGAGAUCGUAUUUAU